CAUGAUGCUACUGUUGUUACUAGCGCUCGUAGUUUAUCUCGUCUAUCGGUGGAGUGUCGCGACAUUCGAUUACUUCGAAAAACGCGGAGUGCCUUUUGUGAAGCCACUACCCCUUGUCGGUAAUCUAUGGCCGGUGAUUAGAAGAAAGCAGCAUCCGGUGGAUGCGGCUAUACUUGGGUACGAGAAGUUUCCUCAGAAUCGGUUGUCAGGAAUGUUUCAGUUCCGUCGACCGGGCUAUCUGUUACACGAUCCAGAAUUAGUGAAGCUGAUAACGAUUAAGGAUUUCGAUCACUUUACGGACCACUCAAAUGUGGUACCGAUUGACGUGGAUCCGUUUUUGGGCCGGUCGCUCUUCUUCAUGGAAGGUCAACGAUGGAAAACCGCUAGAUCGGGAUUGAGUCCGGCGUUCACCGGCAGUAAAAUGCGGAAUAUGUGUUCUUUAUUGUCUAAAUAUGCGAAUGAGGCAACGCAGCGCCUGGUGAAAGAUGCUGGUGGCAGGAAGCUGGAGAAAGAAGUCCGGGAGAUGUUUCAAAAGUUUGGCAGUGAUGUUACUACUUCAAUCUCGUUCGGCAUAGAAGUGGAUUCGGUACACGACUCGAGUGACAUAUUUUAUCGAAUGGGUCAGCGAUUGACUCGAACUGGAGGACUUCAAGGCAUAAAAUUUUUCUUGAGUUUUAUACUACCAGUAUCAAUUUUUAAAGCACUGAAGAUUCGCUUCCACCCAAAAGACACAGUUGAUUUCUAUCUGAACACAACUACCGAGGCGAUUCAGCAAAGAGAACAACAUAAAGUUGUUCGUCCAGAUUUUAUCCACUUGCUUUUGCAAGCGCGGAAUAGCGAGUUGAAAGCGGAACAGGCCGAUGUUAAGUACAGUAGUGCCGGGUUUUCCACCGUCCAAGAACAUAUGAAAUCCUCAACCGCGGAAAGUAAUUACACCGACAUGGACAUCGCUGCGGCAACUGCUACCUUUUACUUUGGUGGAAUUGAAACUACGACCGUUUUACUCAGUUUCGCCAUUUAUGAGAUGGCGUUAAAUCCUUCGAUCCAAGAAAAACUACGCGCUGAAAUUGACAGCGUUUGGAGAGAGUUAGACAACAAGGAACUGUCGUACGAAGCUAUCCAGCAAAUGAAAUACCUAGACAUGGUGGUAUCUGAAACGCUACGGAAAUGGCCUCCCCUAGGGGUGACCAACAGACGCUGCGUGAAAUCAUACACCGUCGAAGACUACGAUGGAAACAAAGUUGUCAUCGAAGCAGGAACGCUGAUACAAAUUCCGAUAUUCGCAAUUCAUCGAGAUGGAAAGUAUUUCCCUGAACCACUGCGAUUCGAUCCGGAACGAUUUUCCGACCAGAAUCGAUCGCGCCUCAACCAGGACGCAUUUAUGCCGUUCGGGACUGGACCGAGAAACUGUAUCGCCUCGCGGUUGGCUCUGAUGCAGGCCAAGUGUUUCCUGUUCUACAUUUUGGCUAAUUUUGAGGUGGAGUUCUCCAGCAAAAUGAAGUUGCCUAUCGAAAUUGAUAAGACUUCGCUGGGUUUAAAGGCGGUGGGAGGAUUUUGGUUCAAUUUCAUACCGAAGAAUGCUAGUGAAAAUGUUGGUGACGGUGGUUUUAUAUAGUAUUAUUAUG